AUGAAUUUCCACAAUUUCGAGGACGCUGGGAAACGAAUUCUCAGUUUUGCAUCCCAGGAGCGUUUGAGACCAUAUCGCUGCUUGCGCCGUAAGGUUUGCAAUUUCAGACUGAAGGUAGGGAACGUGGUCUCCAUGAACGAUGCAGGUGUUCUUGUAUGUUGUGACAUUGAGGAUGAUGCAGGUCGUCAUAUGAAACAGGUCUUCAUGGAUAAGAACCUGAUUGAUUGUGAGUGCCCCGCCGAUGAUCGCAAGACAGAAGUCAGAGCUGUUGUUUCCAAUGCCCAAUGGAAACAUGUCAUGUCGGUCCAUCAAGAUUGCAUUGUCCUUGGUGCAAAGGUUGAAGAUGGUAAAAUUUACACGAAUCAUGCCGAAGCUGCCGUAGUGCCUGUCAGAGCGAUUAGUGAUAUCCCUGAGGAUGCUCCAAUGCCCAUGGGUGAGCUUUUUGCAGGUGGUUUUUCAGGUUGGACGCAUGCAGCCGCAGCCAUGUGUAGGCUAGGUAUCAAUGUGAACCAUGUUUGGGCCCUGGAUAAAGAUCCUGUUGCAUGCCAGGCGUAUGCCAUGACUCACCAGCCUGAAGUCCAUGUCCGUGGUCCAGUCGAAGCUUCAACUGCAGUUGAGGAAGAACGUGUCGGGGGUAAGUUUCCAUCCCUCCUUUUCCAGACGGCAAUCCAACAUGUGUGGUGGUUGACAUUUGCUAGCCUUUUCAUGUCCGAAGUGAUUGCAAUGUCGGCACCUUGUCCGGCAUGGUCCUUAGCCGAUGCUGCACCGGGACUCAUGAGGAAUGAUGGAAUGCUCAUUGUAGUUGCCAUAUUCUACACUGCGAUGCUGAGGCCUAGGAUUUUUGUUUCCGAAAAUGUCUCAAACUUGAAAGCCCAUCGUCACUGGAGGUUGAUCUCUUGGAUCAUUGAAUGGCUCAAUUAUAGAGUGCACAUGAACCAAUCUUUUGAUCUCAAGGAAGUCAUUCCGCAGGCCAGAGAUCGUGUGAUUAUGGUGUGCGUUGAUGCUUUGGACAUCGAAAUCUCAAGAGUGAACCCAGUCAAGUGGCCAGUGACAAGGAAACACACGUUGCGAACCUAUGGGGCCAUCUGUGACCUUGACAAUGAGUGGCAGCAAAGAGCCAGGCUUGAUGAUGCAGAACUGAAGAUGUAUCUCGACCCAGCCAAUUUGCCUAAGGAAUUCUCAAGAGGCCAUGCCAAGAAAACCUCAAGGGAUGUUCUUGCGUACAGACUCAAAGACCUUGAUUCCGUGGCAUCUUGCAUCCUCACAAGCUAUGGAAGACCAGCUGCAUUGAGUGACUCUUUGGUUCGCCGAGGCGGGAUUUAUGGUUCCCUCAUCAUGAUUGGUCCUGUUGUCAGGAAAUUGGUUGCACCCGAAUUUGCGAUUCUCAUGGGAUUGAUCCACAGACAGUGGAUUCCGGAGCCUGAGUACCAAUCCACCAUGAUCUUUGGAAAUGCCAUUGCUGUUCCCCAUGCCCUCAUUGGUUUACUGAAUGCUGUAGCGGUGGUCAGAGAUCCUUGGGUCUUGCAGGGCAUCCCUGAAGUGUUUGCAGCCAUUUUUCGUGAAUCCAUGAACGCCUCCAACAUUUGCAUUCAGCCUGAAGCCGGAGGGUUUUGCAUCCGUAGGAAAGAUUGUGAUGACUCCGAUAUUCCUGCAACCAUUCCGAUCUUUGAGUUUGCCAAAAUCAAAGUCCGAUCGCCCAUGCAUUCCUUUGAACUUACUGUGGAAGUAGGACUGAAUGUCUCAGAGGUGAUUGCCAGGCUGACUGCUGAAUCUUUUCCAGCUCGUUUGGAAGUUUGUAUCGAAGGUGCUGCGGAUCUCAAGUUUCCCUUGCCUCAGGGGCUUUGCAUGACGGCUCAUGACAUGGUGAUCUCAGCCAAUGUGCCAAGCUGCCUCUUGUUGACGGAACAAGGAAUCAAGAAGUGUGACUGGCCUUUCAUUUUGGUCCUUUUUCCUGAUGGAAUGUUAGCCGUUCUUAGGCAGGGUGAUGCACUGGUAGUGGACGUUUUGGCAGCUGUUCAUCAAUUUUCUGAAGCCUUGACUGACCCGUUCAUCGACUUCAUGGGUCGCGGUUUGAAUGAUGGAGAAACAUGUCCAAAUGUGGUGUUGCUCUGUGAUCCCAUGAAAACACUGGAAUUUGGAGAGCGCAUGCAUGUGCUGCCGGUAUUUGAGAUGUUGGCCGAAUCAUUCCAUGCUGCAAUCAAGGUCCGGGAAAUUCAUGAAUUCAUCCAAUGGAUUGAGAGGACAGGAAUUCACUCUGUUGUUCUUGCGGUUGGUUGGCACUUCCUGGUUCAGCUUAGCAUUGAUGAAGAUGAAACCCCAAAAGACGUGCUACUGCUCCCUCGUUUUGGAAGACUUGCUGUGCCACCCCAAGCCAUUGCCCAGAUCAUUAUUACCAGAGUUUUUCUCAAUCAAAUCAGCCUCAUCUUUGAAAGAGUUGCUGAUGAUCGGACAGUUCGGGUUUCAAUCAAGCUCUGGGAUUCUUGGAUUUGGGAACGAGAUAUUGAUGAAAACAUGACAACUCAAUUCAUCCUUGAUGCUUGGUUGUACGCACAUGAAAUGUUUGGAAACCGAUCCCCAUGCAGACUGAUUGCUUUUGGUCAACAGAUCAACCCUGAAUGGCAGAUCAAGAACUACGAUCAGCGUGAUCCCAAUGGAAGAAGGAUUUUGAAGAUCCAUGUUAUCCUUCAGAUUCGUGGAGGGGGGCCUCCAACGCCUCCUCUGCCGUCGAAAAGAGCCAUGCCCGAUGCUUUUCGCUUUGAUGAGUUGAGCGAUUUGGAAGAUCAUCAGCCGUCCAGACUUAUCUCGGUUUUACUGCAGAAUCUGGUGGAAAUGCAUGAUUUCAACUCUCGGAUGGAACUGGGUUACUUGCGUAAUGCAGCUUUUCGAACUGACAGUGUGGGUUUCUCCAUGAUCAGUACAAUUCCGACCGUGGUACGAUUUCUUAGAGAUCUUAAUCUCACUGGCAUUGAGCUUGUUUUGCAAGCAAUUGGAUGGCAUGCUGUGAUGCAUUUUGAAGAUUGCAGGGACCCACCGACAGUCAAGUUGAUGAUCAUUCCUCGAGCAGGUGUGAAACAUCUGGCCAUGGAAACCGUCAAGUCCUUUCUUGCCCAUGCCAUUGCUGCCAAAGCCAUGCCUUAUCCGCGUAUGUCCGCUGAGGGAGUCUGUGUCCGGGUCAAAAUGUGUGAUUCAUGGAUUGUUGGUGCAGUCUAUCAUGCCAAGACCUUGAUGGGUGAUUUCUGUGAUUCCUGGUUCCGUAUCACAUCCAUCUUUGGAGAACCGUCCAACAUGCGCUUGGUUUGCCAGAGCAGGUCAGCCAACCCAGACAAAAUGCUUGAAGAUUAUGUUUCGGUUGAUGAACAUGGCAUCCGGUAUGUCAAAUUUUUUUUGGUGCUUCAGUUGCGGGGUGGGGGACCCAAGAAUAUGCCUGGUCAACCUGCAAUCAAGCAAAAAAAUGAGCUGGCCAAACACCUUCUUGAAGUGGGUUGUACGAUUGAUGACAUCUCCAUUUUCGUUGACAAGUUGGUCAGUGUGGCAGGCAUCCCGGCAAUUGCGAAUUGUUUGAAGCCCAAAGACCUGGCAACACGAAUGUCAAAUAUUGACAAACUUGCUGCCGCCAUGAAGCUCAGUGUACCAUCCUCCAAGCCGAUUGAGGCCAAUAUCCGCAAAAACACAGCCAAAAAGGUCAAUGCAUCGGGACUCAAACAGGAGCAUGUAUGUGCAGCCAAUUUCAUGCUUCAGAAAGGUUUCUUCUUUUGUGAAGACGGUUCCGAGGCCAAACCCUGUGAGAACAUUAAACAUGGUACAUGUGGGAUUGCUCUAGUUGACCCAGGGGACGCUGCCCCUUGGAUCCGCCAAGCUGUUUCCAUUACCCAGGACGAACUUGCUUUGCUGGUCCUAGGUCCAUGUCCUUUCCCUAGUUCGAACUGCAAGAGGCUUGAUGUCCCAGCAAUCACUGAACAGCAGGCACCAGUCUUGUUGAGUUGUUGUUUUCAUCAGCUGGGGCAGAAGAAAGUUGAAUUUCGACGCCCAUCUGACAUUUCGGUCUCUGUCGAAGAAACCUGUGUCCUUGCGAUUACAGUUUUCAAAGAUGAAGUGGAUCAGGAAGCAUGGGAUGAGGUAGUUCAGUCCCCAGUCCGAGCGGUGUUUGACAUGAUCCGAUCUUUGUCUGUGCAGAUCGAAACCAAGUCGCCUCCCUGGGGUAGAACCUGGAGAGAUCAGAGUGGUAAGUGUGCAGCUUCCGUUGCGAUGAGCCUGCAGUUCCAUGUCCGUGUUGCGAGCACAAAAGUGAGUGAUCUCCUGAACAUCAGUGGCCUUAGGGGGGUUUACAUAGCAGUCAAGACUGAGGAAAAGAAGCCCGAUCCUCAGUUUUCAGUUUUAUGGUUAGACCUUCCUUUGGCAGAUCUCAAAGUUGCAGCUGCAUCCAACAAAUCGAGUCUUGGCCUUGUGAGAAUUUCGAGAGGGUCUGGAGCCAAAAUUUCACGUGGCAUUCGCUUCAGAACAGAUGAGCUGCAGGAGGCCGCCAAACUGCUCAAGCCAGCAGCAGCUCUUCCUGUGUCAAUUCAGAUCAAGUUCACUGCGAAAUUGGCCCCGACGCCCCUUGGUGUUACGUUUGAGACGGUCAAAGAAUUGAUCGACACAAAGCAAUGGAAAGCCCGUCCAAUCAAACCCCUUGGAGCCCAAGCUUGGCUUCUUGGCUUCGCUGAGAAAGUCGAUGAGAGCUGGAUCUCUUGGAAUGAAAAAAUGUUGUUGCUCACAUGGGACAUCGAGAAGAAGCAGAAAGAAUUGCAGACUGUCUUGGCCGGUCAGCAGAAUCUUAAGUUUGUGGCAAAGCAUCCCAUCAAACUGAACGAAGAUGACCCUUGGGCGAGCUACAUCAAGAAGAAUGGAUCGACACCUCUCUCAGUUGCCAAUGCAGUCUCCUCCAAUCCGGCCGUGCGUGCUUGCGAGGGCCCAAUUGAACAGAGGUUCAAGGAGCAGGAUGUGAAAAUCAAUGAGCUGAAGUCGACAGUGAAUGACAUGAGCAAACGACUGGAAUCGGCAGAACAGAGUCGCUCAGAUUUCAAAAAGGAGGUUGCUGACCAAUUCAAUGAUGUUCGCGGGCAAGUCAAGAACCAGGUUGACUCUUUGUCGAAACAUUUUGAUGCAACCCUUGAAAGAGCCAUGAGACGCCAGGAUUCCCAACUUGAAGGUUCAUUUGCAGAACUUAAAGCUCUGAUCCUGAACAAGCCCCUGCCAGCCAAGAAAGCCAAGACUGAAAAACCGAAAAGACAAGGUGAGGAUGAUGACGGGGACGAAGGUCUGUUGCCUUUGGAUCGUGUCAUGACUUUCCAAGAUAUUGUUCUUGCUGAAGUUGAUGAGCCCUCGGAUGAGUGUCGCUACAAAAACUACAAGAUGAUCUACAAGCGUCAGCCCCGCAAACACAAGCCCCUGACGCGUCUAGACGGGCCGGCGGAGGAAAGGAAGCUCAGGGAUGAUGAAAUGCGUCGCCUCAUUCAGCAGGUUCCAACCGACAAGGCUCGUGCGUUUGCCUUCGACAUCGACUGGGAUGCCGUCCACGGCAACAACAUCAUCGAGAAAAAGCUUCGACCCUGGGUCAAGAAGAAGGCUCAAAGACUUGUGACUUGCGUUGCUGUUCUGUUUUAG